GGCCAAAUACAUAUGUUUGUAUGGUUGAUGUCUUGUGAUUUAUUCAAUGAUUGACGACGACGACGACAAUUCAUCAGACUGUCAUUUUCCUUGUUGAGCUAUUGUCUGCUCAUCAACAAGUGACAAUACAACAUUUUACGACGACGACGUCAUCGUCCAGUAUCAUUUGAUCACAUCGUCUGUUCAGUUGGUUGUUUUUGUCAUCGUUGUGUUGAUCGAUGGUCUAGUGAUAUUCGGGUAUGAUCAAUUCACAGAUGCAGCAAAUCAUUUUGAACGCACAUAACCAUCCAACCGAGAAACAAGGUCGAACCAUAGCCAUGAACACUGGAAAUAUGAGUAGUAGUAAAAUGUCCGAAAGGAAAUUCACUGUCUAUGAGAACAAUCAUCGCCAUGAUAAAGACAGCGAUCCAAUCGAGUUGAGCAUCGCCUUGGAACAAGUGUUUGACAAGGGUGCGUUUGGCCAUGUUCGUACUGCUUUUAUAAAAGGUGAAAAGGUGGCCAUCAAGCACGUGCUGCAAGACAAACGUUAUCGCAAUCGUGAACUGCCGCUCAUGAAGCAACUGAACCAUCGUAACAUUGUCACGUUGCUGUAUUACUUUUACCACACCGAGUACGACCAUCUCAAGAACUCGAACAUUUUUCUGAAUUUGGUCAUGGAAUACAUACCGACCAACCUGAACAUGUUGAUCCAGAAGAGCAACAGAAACCGCAAGAAUUCACGUCACUCUCUGCCACAUGGUGACCUUUGUUCGCUGUCGCCAGUUCCUGCCACCAAUUUGUUUACCAUCAAACUGUGCAUGUAUCAAAUAUUCCGUGGUCUGGCCUACAUUCAUUCUCAAGGCAUCUGUCAUCGUGAUAUCAAACCAAACAAUCUUCUCUUUAAUUCGGAAACGGGCGUGCUCAAGAUAUGCGAUUUCGGGAGUGCCAAACAUUUACGGCGUGGCGAUUCUCACGUUUCCUACAUUUGUGCACGAUUCUAUCGAGCUCCCGAGCUGCUUUUCGGCGCCACCGACUACAACGAAAAGAUAGAUCUAUGGUCGACUGGUGUCGUUUUUUCCGAACUGUUGCUUGGCCAGCCAAUUUUUUAUGAGCAGAGCGGCCUCGACCAAUUGGUUUGUAUCAUAUCAAAGCUGGGCACGCCAACCAAAGAGCAGAUUCUUGCCAUGAAUCCCAAGUACGCCCGCUAUCAAUUUCCUCAGGUGUAUCCACGGUCCUGGCCGCUGCUGUUUCCGUGUGCACCUACCGACGCUCUAGAUCUCAUAUCGAAGCUGUUUGCUUACGACCCUUCACAUCGAAUAGCUCCGUUGCAUGCUUGUGCACACCAAUUCUUUGACGAAUUGCGUGAUCCGAACAAAAAGUGGUCAUCGAAUCGCGAUUUGCCACCACUGUUUGAUUUCAGUCAACACGAGCUGAGCAUCGAUUCCAGGAUCAAUAGUCGUCUUCCUUCCUACAAGACCAAGCCAAACGCCAACAUUGCCUACCUACAGCAAACAACGCAACAAUUGGCCACUAGGAUGUUUCCGUCCAGUUUGCCCGCAUCUUCCGCCAUCCAUUUGGGACCGUACCCCAUGGCAACCCAUUUCUCGAGUCAGCAGCAGCAGCAACAGCAGCAGCAGCCACUGGUGACAACUAUGGACUCGGAACAGAUAUCUCCCUGAUUUUAUAUCAUUCAUAUUCACAUACUUAAUAGCACCAACUUGUCAAGAAUAAAUGCAUCCAUACACACACAUUGAAUGUUAUAUAUAAAACCUUGUGGUUGAUCUUUGCUCAUUGGUUAAAGUGUCUAUUGGUCGGGGGCUGCCAUUAAAAUAUUUUCUCAUUAGUACUGUGCAAACAUUCCUGUCCUCUGUGACCUUUUGAUCUUUGGCCUAGAUUUGGCACUAUGACAUACACACACACACACACACAUGAAACCUGUCCCGAAUUCCGAGAUGCAAUUUAUCAUUGCCCAGGAUCGCUGAAUGUUAUAGACGAUUCGCUGCUGAUGGAUUAGAUAAUAAUAAAGUGCAGACAGAGAGAACUUUUAUAUAAAAGA